AAGAUUCCACUAUCCAUGUUGGCAACUCAAGCUGCGAAAACAGUGCAAAUGCAACAAACUCAGAACGCCACGGCGGCGUCACCGUUCUCAACUUCCGUUCCUCCUCCAUCCUCCGGUGGUUCCACGGCCGAGGCACCGCCGAAGUUGGUGGCUCUAGCGAUGGAAAAGCUCGGACAAGCCGAACGAAUCAUUGCCGACAUCAGAAUCGGUGCGGAUCGCCUUCUUGAAGCUCUCUUUGUCGCCGCCGCGCAGUCUCACCAAGGGAACAAGCAUUUGCAGCUCUUCCUCAAGCAAGAUGCCUGCAUGCGCCAGUAUCUCCAAGAUCUUCGAUCGCUCGGGAAGGAGAUGGAAGAGUCAGGAGUUCUCGGUGAAUCCGUUCGGUCGCGGAAAGACUUUUGGGGGCUGCAUAUGCCGCUGGUAUGCCCAGAUGGUGCCGUCGUUGCAUAUGCUUGGAAACGACAGCUUGCAGGACAAGCCGGUGCAUCUGCCGUUGACAGGACUAGGUUAGCUCUCAAAGCCUUCACUGAUCAAAAAAGACGCUUUUUUCCUCAUCUUGAUGAUGGCCUUGAAACUAAUGAAUCGGCUUCAAAGAAAUUCCGUGGGUCUGAAGAAGUGACAGUGGAUACUAAGGAAGAAGUAAGUUUUUUUAGAACCGUACAAGAUGUUCUUAAGUCCUUGGAAAAGGACGUGCCAAAUGUGAAAAUUUCAACUUUUGAGCGAUUGGACUGGUUAAAAAGAGCUUCCACGCUCACCUCUUCAACGAAUGAGAGCACUCUGGAGCAUAACUAUCCUGGUUCUAGUAAGCUAAGGCUAGGAUCCGUGGGAACUGUUGCUGCUGAGAAGGUUGCGGUGAUAGAGUUGUUGUUCCCAUCUAUCUUCAGAGCUGUUAUUUCCUUGCAUCCUGCUGGUUCAAUUGAUCCUGAUGCUGUAGCUUUCUUUGCUCCUGAUGAGAGCGGAAGCUAUGUGCAUGCGAGGGGGUUUUCAGUUCAUCAUGUGAAUAGACAUAUUACGGAUUAUGCAGCGGUAGCUCUGCAGUAUUUUCUUGGGAACCAACCUGAAACGUCCCUGUAUUCUCUCUUGCACUGGAUAAGUAGCUAUCAGACUCUGUUUUCAAGACCAUGCAGCAAAUGUUCAAAGCUACUUGCCAUGGAUAAACAAACAAAUUUACUGUUGCCCCCAGUCCACCGUCCUUACUGGAAGUUUUCCUUUUCGAAAAUUUUGUCAAACAUAUCCUUGAAGGAUCAGAAUUCAGAUACUACUCAGGCUUAUCAUACUGGCUGCCUGACAGAAGAAGUAUGAUUGCCUCAACUAUUAGUCCAGGAAGUUAUCCUCACUCUGACAUUGAUCACUGCCACAAGACAAAACGAAAAAGUACAAGAACAGCAUUAUGACCUUUUCCUUUUGCUAAAUACAAAUGCCAGCUGAUUGUAAUUUUUUAAAGUUCUGUCAGCUUGUGAAACAUUAUUAUGGCACACCAAUAUUUCUAAUUUUAGAAUGAUGCUGCCUACACAACUACCUUCUCUGUAUGUAUUAGCUUCUCCAUCCAAAUAUAAUAGAAAACCGUUCCAGAGUGCCAACUUAAAAUCUGAGGUUGAGCCACUUGUACAGUUAUAAGGCGUGGUGGAUGCAAAUGCGCGGGUGCUGAAAGUUGCUGCUGUGGUCCUGUAAUACAAGUGUUCUGAUGGAGAUAGUGCUGUGGUGGUGCUCUAAAAGCCAUAGUAGUAGCAACACUUUCUUUUGACUGUACAAUACACUUUCUCAUUCAUUGCAUUGCAUGAGUGGAACCAGUUGUAAUUAGUGAAAAAAAUUUCAACUUGUUAACAAGAGAUUUCUAGAGUUGUAACAAAUCCAAUGAAUUUUUACUAUGGCUAUUCCACUAUUGCGGAUUUGGAUCA